AUUUUUAGGUCUCAAUUUGUCAAUCCAAUCCCAACUGGUGUGUGCUCUGUUUGGCUCAGAAAAAGCAUGAACAGGGUGUGCCAUCGGAACUGAAUUUACGCGCACGUGUUGAACGCGAAAACAGUCUUCUCCGUCAAAUCAAUAUAACAUAGAUAGACGCGUUACCUCCUUCAAUGGAAGGUUUGGCUUCUCUCAAGGCUCCCUUUCAGGCCACCCCAUUCCUCUCUUCAAGACCCAAAACCUGGGAUCUUCAGACCCAACUCAAUUUUUAUAAAAGAAACUCCUUUUCAACAUUUUCAGUUCGGGCCCAGGUGGAGUCUACUGAUGGUUCUGCUGCAGUAUCCUCAUCUGGUGAAUCCGUGACAGAGGCUCUCAAGAUUAAGGAGUGGGAGGUAGGAAUGUUGGAAAAUGAGGUUGCAUCUAGCCAGGGCAUAAGAAUAAGGAGAAGGCCACCAUCUGGACCCCCUCUGCAUUAUGUAGGACCCUUUCAAUUCAGGUUGCAGAAUGAGGGCAAUACACCUCGGAACAUUUUGGAAGAGAUUGUGUGGAACAAGGACAAAGAAGUCUCACAACUUAAAGAAAGAAAGCCCCUCAGUGUGCUGAAGAAAGCUCUCGAAAAUGCACCUCCUGUUAGGGAUUUUAUUGGUGCUCUAAGGGCAGCGAAUGAACGAACUGGACUGCCGGGGUUGAUUGCUGAAGUGAAGAAGGCAUCACCAAGUAGGGGUAUUUUGAGAGAAAACUUUGAUCCUGUUGAAAUUGCUAAGUCUUAUGAGAAGGGUGGAGCAGCAUGCCUAAGUGUUUUGACGGAUGAAAAGUAUUUUAAGGGAAGCUUUGAAAAUCUUGAGGCAAUAAGAAAGGCUGGAGUAAAGUGCCCUUUGUUGUGCAAAGAAUUCAUUGUAGAUGCAUGGCAACUGUAUUAUGCUCGAACUAAAGGUGCAGAUGCUGUCCUUUUAAUUGCUGCUGUUUUGCCUGAUCUUGACAUCAAAUACAUGAUUAAAAUAUGCAAGAUACUUGGACUGACUGCACUUGUUGAGGUCCACGAUGAGAAGGAAUUUGAUCGUGUUCUUGCAAUAGAGGGUAUUGAGCUUAUUGGCAUUAACAACCGUAAUCUUGAAACAUUUGAGUUGGAUAUUAGCAUCACAAAGAAGCUUCUUGAAGGAGAGCGAGGCAAAAUAAUCCGUGAGAGAGACAUAAUUAUGGUUGGAGAAUCUGGUCUAUUCACCCCUGAGGACAUUGCCUAUGUUCAAGAAGCAGGGGUCAGAGCUAUAUUGGUUGGAGAAUCCAUUGUGAAACAAAGUGAUCCUGGCAAGGGAAUCAGCAAUCUCUUUGGCAAAGAUAUAUCUAUCUGAGUUGAAGUGAAACUAUCUUCAGAUAUAGGCAUUUGAGAUGACUGAUUAUGAUAAAGUUCUUGAUUUGAUGCCUUUAUGUACCAAAUUAUCACAAUUUUAUCAUCGGGAAGCAUGUACCAAAAGAAACUUUGAAUGUUAAAUUAUAGUUUCCUCCUAAAUAAUAUAUAUCAUUAAGGCAAUAGUUUGGCGA